UGAAAUCCACACCGUUUUAACCGUAAUUUUGCUACUCUGACAGUGCGUAAUCUGUGCCAUAUAUAUGGAUAUCUCAAAAACAGAACAACCACAAACCACAGUUCUAAAGUUUCAUAAAGUCCAGCUGAUGCCAUGAAGACCACGAACAGGUGACUCAUAAAUACCGAUAAAAAUGGUAUGAAAACGAAGAAUGGCGAGUAUCAGAACUCAAAGCGUAGAGUUACCACGCUCCACAGCUUACUAUUACGCCGAUUUGGAAAAGCUUAAGAAGACCAGACCACCCGAAGUCCAAGAAAAGGAUCCGAAUGAACUCAGUGAGUACGUCGAAUCCAAUGAGGUAGUGAACGAUGGCGCCGUAAGAGAAGUUCCACCGUUCAGAGACAGGCAGUGGAGUUUACCGGAAUACAAUAUUCCAGAAAAUGGAAGGAAGAUUGAGGAGACCUAUUCCACAGCGGGGACUUUCCCGAUGCCCGAGCCUAAGGAGAAGGAACCGUUGCUUGCAGAAUUGGAAGUUGUAGGUAGGCUGCCGUUGACGGAGCUGGAUUCUUCACAAGGUGUGAGGAGGAGUAGGAGCUGGUAUCUGUGCUGCCCUAACGUUGCUGACGAGGAGAUGUCCAGGGAGUCGUCGUGGCGGUACUCGAGUCUGAGGCCUGUGACUGCGCCACCGGCUCCUGGACAGAACGGGUUCCAUCACGUGGUAGCUUCUUCGACCAGCGGUCGUGAUGACGUCACCGCUCUAAAGAUUGAGCGGGACGCCCUAGCCAGGGCUCUAGCAGCCGAGCGGCAGAGGGCGGCCACUGCGGCGAGAGCUCAUGAUGCGAGGCUUGCUGAACUACAUGGAGUCAUAGCUGAGCUGGUCAGGAGACGAGCGGCGCAUAAGCAGAGCGCUGCUAUACCUGAAGAAGAACUUUCUGAUGAAUGCGAAUCCACCACGCAGCCGGCUGGAGAACUGGACAAUGAUGCAGACCAAUCCAGGACUGAACAGAUCGACAGCUCGUCAGCGUUGAGUCCAUCGGAGCUGCCCACGCCGCAGGAACCAGCGCCUCCCGCGCCACCGUCCGAAAGUGUGGAUGCCGCCGAAGUAUAUAUAGACCCAGUGACGUCAUCAGAUCCCAGUCUGCGGUUGUCCAUGGCUUCUGAUGCGGACCAGCAUCCUGCCAGGUGUUGUAACUCGGUGGAAAGAGACGGGUGCAGAGAGAGAGAAGGCCAGGAGAGUGUGGCCAGCUGCGAGAGACAGCGCGGCUCUCCCUCACUGUAUGCGCCCGCGACGCCGGUAGGCUGUGGGGUGAGGCAGGCCAAGCUGGCGUCGCGGGUUCGACUCCGGCGCGCGACAGAUUCACAUUCUAACAACUUGGAUUCCGACCAUACCUGGUGCGCAGAAGCGGAACGUUUGUCUAGAGAAGUGAGAGCUCACGCAGAUCUUAGAGAAGCUUUAGCUGCCACCGACGCUGACGAAUGCAUCUGGCGAGCCCGCUGGCUACGUUCGGAAGCGUCGCUGGUGGUGGUGGGCGGAGCCCUGUCUCGGUGCGGGGAGUGCGCGCGCCGCCUGCACUGCGCCUGCGCACAGCUCGAGGCUUCCACGGCCUCCUUGUCUCACGCGCUCAACGCCGCCGACAGGGCUUUGGAGACUUACGAUGUACUGCUGGCGUUGGCCGAGACUAGACCCAACGGCAUACAACGCAACGCAGCGGAGGCGGUGGCCUGGCAGCUGUUGAGGCGGCUGAAGGAACAUGAAGCUGAUGCCGUGGGGUCUCCCACGCUGUCCCCCGGACCCUGGCUGCAGCGAGACAAGGAAUCGGAGGAGCAUGCCCCAUCGCCCCCUCCCCCGUGGGGCGCGGAGCAGGAGACUCAGCUCCGGCAGCACGCCGCCGCGCUCAAGGCGCAGACCGUGGCCCUCAGGCGGCAUGCUCAACAUCCGGUGCUAUACUCGCAUCACGAUAUCGACGAGGAGGACAUCCCCACAGGAGCUGGAAUUUUCAGCAUGGCCGAUAUGGAGGCGGCUGUGAUGUUAGAGGAAAUGUUGACAGUCCGCGUGUCUAACAUGGAGCGAGCUCAACAGGGCAUCGAACACGCUGACCACAAGCACGAGUCGUCCCGCAGUCGUCGUCGUCGCGAGCGACAGUGGCGCCAUCACACUUCAGAAACUGAUCUAUAGAAUUAAUUCAAGUUGUCAAAAAAAUACAUAUAAAAAAAAAUAUAUACACAUAAAUGGCUAGGCAUCAAGUACUUGGCUUAAUUUUCACACGAAACAGUAAAAAAAAAAUUUUUUUUUAGUUAAAAUAAAGUUUUUGUUUUUGUUUUUAAUAGCCACUUUUUUAAAGUGGUUCAUGCUAGAGGGGCAGUGGUAUGGUCUGAAACGUUUUACUUGACAUUACAAAUUAAAAUCACUUAAUUCUUCCAAGUUAUUAUGCCAUAAGUUAGUGCAUAAGCCAUGCGUUUUUGUAAUACCAUCUCACCAAAAGGUUUCCCUUUAUCUUAAUAUCAAAAAAGGUUAUAGAAUUGAAAACAAUUUGUGUACCUAAUUGCCUAAGCUAUUAUAAAAUUCGCAGACUGUUGACAAUUCUACUGAUGUUGCUUAGCAUCUGUAUUAAAUCGAAAGUUCAUAAUCAAACUAGCUAGAAUAUUAAUUGUUAAAUUAUUCGUGAGACAUAAUAAUGUGUACGUAUUAUUGGAUUAUAUCCCUUAUUGUGUCGAUGAAAGGAGUAAAAUCGUUUGUCACCAACUCCCAGUGACAUUAAAGCUUUAUGCGACAAUUUUAUUGUAAUAUAAGAUUUAGUGCUAUGAAAUAAGGUGCUUUUUAGCGCGUCACAAUCGCCUGAUGCAUGUAAAUAAUGAUAUUAAAUAGGUUAGAGUAAUUAUGUUGCUGUAUCGAAGUUAUUAUAUAUAGAUGUAUGUUAAAAAGAUACAGUUAUACUCAUUGAAGAGUUAUGACCCUUUCCAACAACAAUAAUUAUGGUAUCUAAUUAAUACACGAUCCCAGUGAAACUUUAAAAAUGUACAUCACCUCAUUUUUUUCGGAUUGGAGGCAUUUAUUUAUAUAUUUUUACUUUAUUGCACAAAUAAGUGGCAGACUUAAUGCCAUUUGGCAUUAUCUAACAGUCAACCGGAGAAUUUUAGCAAAGAUCUUAAGAAGAUAGUGCAAAGAAAUCAUCAAAAUAUUUAUUACAAUUAAAGUAUAGCUAUAUAUACUAUAUAUAAUACAUAUCUAUAUAAAUUAGUUGAAAAUUUUCGGAAAAGUUUUCGAAGGUGAUGUUACUCCGACUUAUGAAAAGUGGAAAAUGAUAAAAAAGCUAUUCCUUGGCUGGGAAUCAAACCCGAGCCGCGGAUACGUUUUUCGCGGCAACUUGUUUUUUUUUUAAUUUAAUUUUUUUUACUGAAUAACAUAACAGAAUUGGAAAAUAUCUAUUUUUUAUGGACCCCAGAAACAUUGGUAAAUAACGUAAAAUCGUUAAAAAAAAUAUAUUUAAUUCAAUAUUCAAGUUGCCACGAAAACGUUUCUCUGGGCAUUAUGGCGGCACACUAGUGUGUGACGUCACACUACUGUCAUCAAAACGUCAAAGAUACAAUGUAAUGUUACUUUGGCCGGAAGUUUACUGGCGUGUGACGUCAUUUUAGUGUUGGCCAAUCCCAGGCGUUUUCGGCCACGUGUCUUCGUCAAAGUUAUUAAUUAUUUGUUCUCUCAAUAAAUACAGAUGCCAACAAUUGGUAAAUUAAUUUUCAUGCUGACCAAUAGCCUGUUAAAAAUUGUAAUGCAAUUUUUGCAUGUCCUAAAGUUGAAAGAAAAAAAUUGUAGCGAUGAAUGAAAAGUUUCAGUUCAACAUGAAUAAGUAAUGCAAUUUCAUCAGAAUCAAAACUGUACACCUAGCACGAACCAAUAUCGAAUUCGAAUAGU